AUGAUAACUAAAUCAAGUAUAUUGACAACAUUUUUUCGUAAUGAAAUAAAACGACGACAAAUUGAUCUUGAUGCAGCAAUUAAUCCUGAUGGUAAUGAAGAAAAGAUCAAAGCAAAUGACCUGAUAAAUGACUUUUACAUUAGGUGGAAUUCUACUUUUAUUAUGUUGGCCCGUUUAUGGGCUGGUCAACAGAUUGUAAAUGACAUAAUUUAUUCACCUCAGUCUCAUAUUGGUUUAACAAUCAAACAAAUUGAAAAAAUACGUUCAUUGCAAAUUAAUCAAUUUGAAUGGCAAUUAAUAGAAUCAUUGUCCAAUGUUUUAGCUCCAUUCUAUUUUGCUACGAAAUGUUUAUCUGGGCGUCAGUAUCCAACAUUAUCGUUAUCUUAUUGGACAAUCAAUAAUUUAUAUUUCCAUUUAACAAAAGAAAAACCUAAUUGUCCUUUAGAAAAUGGGUUAAAAAAUUUAUUACUUGAUAAAUUCGAUUUCUAUUUUAAAACAAAUGUUACACAUGAACAACGAUGUGCUAAAUUAAUUGCUGCAUAUCUAGAUCCGUUCACACUUUCAGAUUUAUCAAUUGAAGAAAUAAAUGAAGCUGAAUUAAUGUUGAUGCGUUUAACAAAAGAUAUUUCUAAUUCAAAAAAAUCAACAACAAGCAUUUCAUCAGAAUCUGUACAAUCACAAUCAGCAUCGUCAUCAUCUUCAUCAAUCAAUUUAUCCAAACCAUCGAAAUUAUCAACAGUUAAUCGAUUUUGA